AUGUCAGUGAUGAGUCAAUUAAACAACAUUUCAGUAAGGAAGAACGUGAUGAAAUCGAUUCCACACCCGGUCCACAGGUGCCUGAUAUUUCGGAUGAAAUAAAUGAAUUUCUGAUAAAGUUCCUUGACAAUUCGACAUUGAAAGAUAUUCGAAAGAUUAUAAAAGAAACGAUGUUUGAUGAUAAUUAUGAUCGCGAAAAAGAUCAUGAUAAGGAUUACAUCAUUUAUGCCAUAUAUUCAUUGUUAAGAGAAAUUGAAAACGGAAGCUUGAAAGUAGCUAAUUUUGAGGCUUGGUUUAAUUGUCACGUAUGGAACCCAAUCCUCGAUCAAGCCUUCGGUGAUAUGGAUGUGAUAACCGUCAUCAGAGGGGAAAGCACAAGCUUGGCAUCAGGAACACGAAAGAAUGCGAAAAGACAAUCAGGAAAACGGCGGAAAAUGGGUCGCAGAGGCGACUGGAUCUUAAGGUUUGUCAAUAAUGAGGCAGGGUUAAAGCUACCCAAAACCCUCAAAGACAUGCUGGUAAAAUUGAUGGCAAGAGCACGUUGGGAUAAAGAGAGGUGUGCGAAAAUUCAAACAGUUGGAGCAAUCCACGCUGGUUUGAUGAUUAUGAUGGUAUACCUGGACAACCCGGAGGGAUACAUCUGUAGGAUCCGACGUAGUGAACCAAUGGAAGUUCCAGAUAAUGCAGAAGAAUUUCCUGACAUUUUGGACAUUUUAGCAUCGGUUUUAAAUAUAAAGGCUGUGGUUCGAGAGACGAUGAAGGCGGUACAUACAAAAAAACAAACCAUAAAAUCAUUUAAAGGAGCUGGGAUUCGAAAGCGACCAUUAAACGAGGGUGAAUUCCAAAUACCUUCAUGCUUAACAACACCUAAGAAGGCUAAAAUAUGCGCAGAAGAAAAAGCCCAGAAUUCGUAUCCAUCAUCGCCAUGUCCUGGAUCUUCUGAGUUUGAAUUACCGUUAAUAUAG